AUGAUUUUAGGGGAUAUCGACAUCUGUUCUUUGCAAAUCAGUAAUCGUGGAUUUCCAUUACAUGGAACGUUUGCACCCAACCCAUUAGUAUACUUUGAUCCCGAUAAAACGUUAGUGCGAGAUAUUGACUUCAGUGUAUUUGAGUACAAGGAGUUCUUGGAAUUCCGUCACAAGCUCACCAUAACGAGAAGCAAAGAUAUCUACUUCUGCCUUCCACAAGAGUCUUUAAGUCAAGAAAUUCACACACUGGUGAAUGAGGGUGAUUACAAAAAAAAUUUGGAUUUGGCUUAUGCAAAUGAGAGGAGAAUGAAUGUGUAUGUGGACCACCAGAAUGAACCAAUAUUUGAAUGGAUUGGGGAAGAGGAAAUUGAAGAUGAAGACUACAACUGUGAAGAGGAUGAAGAGUCAGUCUUGUCGAACACUUAUUCUGUUGACCAUGUAGAAGAUGAUGUUGAAUAUCCAUUCCCUAUCAACAAAACCAUGGGUGAAAGGUUCUUAAAUAAACUUUGUCUACAUCUAUCUUUUAAUACUAGCCUUAUUAAUUAUCCCUACAUGUCACCUCAUUUUCCAUGA